CUUCUGGCUGCAGCUCUCUAGUGGUACUGCCGUCCCAGGGAGGACACCACCACGGACAGGAACUUCUGGAAGGCUGCCUGCACCUCACCAGUGAAGUCUUUGCCCAUCUUUGCAGCAACCACAAUGCCUCUGGUGGAGGUGGUCCUGGAGGUGUGUCCAGACUCUUUUCGGAGCAUAAAAAGCCCCGACUUUUCGGACUGAUCACUGCAUUCAGUAACACUCGAGGCAAGAUGACCACUCUCACCCCCAAGGACAAGGACACAGUCAGGGCCUUCUGGGCUAAAGUGUCUCCAAAGGCUGAUGAAAUCGGCACCGCCGCUGUGUCCAGGAUGUUGGCUGUGUACCCUCAGACCAAGACUUACUUCGCCCACUGGAAGGAUCAGAGCCCCUCCUCUCCCUCCGCCAAGAAGCACGGAAUAACCGUGAUGAAUGGAGUCGGAGUUGCUGUGACCAAAAUCGACGACCUGAAAGGAGGCCUUCUGAACCUGAGCGAGCUGCACGCCUUCACUCUGCGCGUGGACCCCGCCAACUUCAAGAUUCUCGCCCACUGCAUGCUUGUGGUCCUGUCCAUCAUGUUCCCCAACGACUUCAGCCCUGAGGUCCAUGUGUCCAUGGACAAGUUCCUGGCUGCUCUGGCUCUGGCCCUGUCCGAGAAAUACCGAUAAACUGCUGGAGAAGAAGACUGCAGCAUGAGCUUUACACUGCAUACUGAUUAAUAAAUGCAUGGAAGCAAAAAAA